AUGACAGCGCCGACGACAGCGGAGCAGGUCAAGUCCGUCGAGGAGCUCGUGUCUUUCUUGUCACACUCGCGACCCGAGGUGCGCAAAUCGGCGUCCAGUCUACUCGUAGAUCUAACCGCAUCGGACCAGGGCAUCCACCAGCUGCUGCAGCUUAAGAAGCCGGACGUGGUCCAGGCGCUCUGUCGCAUCGUGAGCGACAUGCGCCCCAUUGCCGAGGACGCGAUUCGAGCGCUCAUCAAUUUGACAGCCGCGAAUCCAGUGGCUUGUGAGCGCUCGCUUGAGUUUGACCUGCUGAAUCGCGUCAUGGCUCAAGUGGGAGACGACGAGUGGCGUCUCAUUGACUACUCGAUGAUGCUACUGGCCAAUGUGAGCACGACACCCGAAGGUGCCAAGGCGCUGCUCGGAUACGAUGAGAAACUGACAGAAGCGGCACUUGUGGUGCGUGAGAGGAAGAUCCGUACGCUUACGAACUCGUUUCUGGACGGCCAACCGGAACCUGAUGGUAUUGACAGCUGUGGGGAACCGAAAUGGGACGACGAGUACCAGUACGUGGCGAACAUUCUUGCUAACAUUAGCCAGUUGGAACAGGGACGUGACUUUCUGCUCAAGAUACGACAAAGCACGUCGCUUGCUGGCGCGCUCCUGUUGCAGCUCAAGUCGCCCAACGUCGUCCGUCGACGAGGUGUUACAGCUGCACUGAAAAACUUGUGCUUUGACUCUGAUAACCAUUUUUAUCUGUACGAUCAACUGGAUAUUCCUACACAUAUGAUGGUUCUUCUCGCUGGCCCGGAGGAACUUGACGAAGACGACAAGAUGGGUAUGAACCCGGUCGUGUACAGCCAAGGCGCUAAGAAGAAGCGCGAACAUGACCGACUGGUUCGGCUUGCUGCAGUCGACUGUCUGCUGCUGCUGUGUACGACACAAAACGGGCGUAAGGUGCUGCGCCGUAAGAAAGUGUACCCGAUCAUCCGCAAUGCACACCUGGAGGAACCCGACGAUGAGAUUGGCGACCAGAUUUACAAGCUUGUUGACUUUCUGAUUCGUGACGAAGAUGGCGAGGAGCCUGACUGGAAUGAAGUUCGUACCAAGUCUUUUGCAGCUGAUCAAGAGACUAAGUUGGCUGACGACAGUGAGACGGUGUUGCCGCCGGCCCCUGCAGCGGUGGAUAAGGCACCUGAGCCAAAGGAACCCGUGGCACGCAGCAAAGCUGAAAGAAAACAGGGGACGAGCGAGAAACGAGUUGUCACAGCGUCAUCAACUCUUCCGACGAGCGGAGAGGACGAAGAGGUGUCAGAGGAUAUUGCGGACCAGCUAACUAGCGAGAUUUUAGCCCUGGACGUGAGCAGCGACGAGGAAGACAAAGACAUGGAUGCGCUUGGCAUGGAUUAG